AUGAUAGCAUUAGGAUUAGAAGGUUCAGCAAAUAAAUUAGGAAUUGGUAUAAUAGAACAUAAUCUUGAAACUGGUCAAGUAAAUAUUUUGGCAAAUAUUCGUCAUACACAUAUUACUCCACCAGGAACAGGAUUUUUACCACGAGAUACUGCAACUCAUCAUAGAACUCAUAUUAUCCCAGUGAUUCGAGAAGCUUUAAAAACUGCCAAUGUAAAAGUAAAAGAUAUUGAUGUUAUUUGUUAUACAAAAGGACCUGGUAUGGGAGCUCCUUUAGUAUCAGUAGGGGUUGUUGCAAGAACUUUGGCAUUGCUGUGGAAUAAACCAAUUGUUGGUGUUAAUCAUUGUAUAGGGCAUAUCGAAAUGGGAAGAGAGAUUACAGGAGCUGAUAACCCGGUAGUAUUAUAUGUGAGUGGUGGUAAUACACAAGUAAUAGCGUAUUCAGAACAUAGGUAUAGGAUUUUCGGUGAAACUCUUGAUAUAGCGGUUGGAAAUUGUCUUGAUAGGUUCGCGAGAAUAUUAAAUUUACCAAAUGAUCCGAGUCCGGGAUAUAAUAUUGAACAAUAUGCUAAACGAGGAGAUAAAUUCAUUGAAUUACCCUAUACUGUUAAAGGAAUGGAUGUUUCAUUUUCAGGAAUUUUAUCCUUUAUUGAAACAGUAGCAAAUGAACAACUUCCAUCUGGCCAGUGUACUCCUGAAGAUCUUUGCUUUUCCUUACAGGAAACACUUUUUGCUAUGUUGGUUGAGACAACCGAAAGAGCAAUGGCGCAUAUUGGGAGUAAAGAAGUGUUAAUAGUUGGUGGUGUUGGAUGUAAUCUUCGUUUGCAAGAGAUGAUGGCACAAAUGGCUGAGCAGCGGGGCGGAAAAGUAUUUGCAACUGAUGAACGUUUUUGUAUUGAUAAUGGCAUAAUGAUUGCCCACGCUGGAUUACUGGCAUUUAGAACCGGAUUUACAACACCAAUAGAGAAAUCAACUUGCACACAAAGAUGA